CAGAAGAAAACGAGAUGAAAAGCCUUUCUUUUCAUAGGAAGAGCCUGGGCAAUAAGGCGUCCAUGAUGAUCAUAAUGGUCGAGCACAAUGAGUCAGACGAUGAAGACGAAGGACCGGAAGAACUAGACCAGGAAACGGUGUCUAGCCUGUGCAGCUUGCCCCGAGAGAUUGCCUUGACUCAACAGGCGAAACAACUUUCCGCAAUUAGUAUGAAAGAGGCCCUUGCAGAAGAAUUUAUUGAAAAUGAGAUUAGACGAAUGUCCCGUACGUCCAUUCACUCAGCCUUUUCAGCCGCUGCAGAGUAUCAGUCCGACAAGAAUUGGCCAAACAAACGCAAGCCCAACAUUUUCCGAAGAUUUUUCUCUUGCUGUUUUUCGUGUAUUGGUAGAAGAACUGAAUAA